AAUUGGUCGCCAAAUGGUCGAAAAAUGAGCAACCCGACCGUCGGGUUUUCAUACGGCUAAACGACGUCGGAGAGACGUCGACUAAUGCGACGAAAAUUUUGCGACCACUUUUAGCAGUUGAUUCGACCAUCAUAUUAUAAGACAAUACGACCAUAUUAUUUUAGGUCAGUUUAACUACUUUUUCAACGCCUUUUCCACCGUCGCAUAAUUGAAAAUUUUUCAACGCCUUUUCCACCGUCGCAUAAUUGAAAAUUUUUCAACGGCUUUGCGACCGUUGCAUAAUUUAAGAUUUCUCAACGUAAAAUCCACCAUUUCCCCAUCCAAGUGCCAUGCUUCCGCGAUUCUCAAGUCAGUCCACACCAUCACAUUGUGCUCAUCGAGUCACACUUAUUUCUUGUCCUUCCAAAUUAAAAAAUAAAUCUUCAUGUCAUCCCAAAUUGACAAGGCAAAAAAAUAUUCCAUAGUCCAAUUCGAUUCCUCAGGGACAAAGUUAGUUGAGAUUGUCCCAAUAAUAUGGAUCGAAGAAGACCAGAAAGAAGUAUUUUGGCCACCUUGUAAAGGAUCUGCCUUAAAGACUAUGGUGAAAAAGUGCGAAAUUGUUCCGCUGCCAUCCUGGACUUCUCACACUUUUGAAAAAAUUCUAGGAAGUUAUGGUAAGAUUUAGAAACAUCUUUUGUUGUAUAAUAAAAUGUCGGUUCAAUGUAUGGCCUGUGAUAAUUUACUAUUAUUAUUAGGUUCAUUUCACGACGCCUGUUUGAAGCUAAAACAAGCUGAGGAUACCUCAAACAUUGAAAGUAGCCAGGAGGACGACAUUGGAAUCCGACGUGGACGCAGGGUCCAGAAAAAGAAGGAUGUCGUAAUUGAGAGCCGUGAUUCAAGUAGUGAUUCUGAAUUGGAUCUGGAUAAUAGUUUAUUCCUUGCUCCUCCCACAACGCAAAUCAGUGAGGAUCAAUUUGACAUUACGAUCGAAUCUACCGGCGACCAGCCCCACCCUCCAGAUGAGAAUAAUCAGCAGGUAGCAGUCGUUCCAGAAAUUCCUCAACCUGUUAUCGUUCAAGAGGAUUUUGAUGUUGAACAGGAUCCUAAGUUAUUUUUGGCGACGGCAGCGGAUACAGCUGACAUCAAGUCUCUAAUUGAAGGCAUGUUUUUGUUAAUAUGUUAUACAUAUUAUAUUUCUAUAUUUAUGGAUUCAUGA